ACAACGCGUAGGGGGGAAAUGAAGGGCCCAGAGUCGGCGCAGCUCCACCACGACAAACUUUGACGCGCUGCACCACCAGAAGAUGCUUGCCUGCCCAGGCUCCGAUGUCUAUCUCACUGGUCAUGGUCAUGCACGCUCGGGCGGCCUGUUCAAUCAGCUUGUCGCAUCAUUGGCUUGCUUCUCUGGUGUUUCGGGCACUUUUGUUCCACACAUGCUUUUCCCUCUACUACUGCUUCACCUCGCAUGCAGAAGCCGCACGGUGGCCCUCGGGACAGCCUUCAGCUUUGGACGACUUGGUGCCUCAGACUCGCUAGUAAGCUUGCAUCUUGGGGUCGUGCAACGGGCGAUUCUCCAUGGGCUUCGCGGUAGAUGCUUGCGUGCAUCCGGGAUGCUAGCCUGGGGGUCCCCAGUCGCGCGACAUGUCGUCCAACGCGUCUUGCAGGCCACCCAGUCCACAAAACAAUGGCACAAAUCAAGCCCUCUGCCCUCUUCUCGAAUCAUUAUUAUCAUUUACAUCGUUCCUCCUCCUCCUCCUCCUCCUCCUCCUCCUCCUCCUCCUCAUCUCGUGUCCCC